AUCAAGCGCUUCGGUCUGAGGUUCCUCGAAACGGUCUACUUCGUCAAAGACGGCUCCGGCGAGGACCUGGGAGGCUUCGCCGUCGGUUCGGACUGCUCCGUCUGUCGGCGCGCCGUGUGCCACGCCAGCGAGUGCAGCGUCUUCUACGCCAAACGCUUCUGCAAGGCCUGCUUCGUUCGGCACAGUCUGCAGUUCCCGCCGCAGAUGCGACAGGCCUUCGGCAAAUAGGUAAAUCUGAAAGCAGUGUGUGAUCAGCCAUGACUGAAGACGCUCAGAGAAACCGUCGGGUCGCCGUGGUGGUCCUUGGUGACUUUGGACGCAGCCCGCGUAUGAACUAUCACGCUUUGUCUCUUGCAAAGGAGCGAAUCGAGGUGGACGUGGUUGCCUACAGUGGUUCUCAACCCGGCCAGGAUGUCCUGUCCAACCCACACAUCCACCUUCACCUCAUGAGGGAACCACCCUGUUUUCAGAAAUAUGUUCCAAGGCUGUUGGCAUAUGCUCUCAAGGUGCUGUGGCAAUCUCUAGCCUUGUUCUUCAGACUCAUGUUCCUGUGCAAGCCUAGCCAUGUUCUUGUUCAGAAUCCGCCCUCAAUACCAACGCUACCUGUGUCGUGGUUCUGCUGCCUCCUGCGAGGCUCUGUGCUCGUGGUGGACUGGCACAACUACGGCUUCUCUAUCCUAGCUUUGGCGCUUGGACCGGAACACCUUCUGGUCCGGAUGUGCCACUGGUGCGAGGAAAGGUUUGGCAAGAAGGCAGGCAGUGCAUUCUGUGUGUCUCAAGCAAUGCAGGAGGACUUGAAAUCCAACUGGGGAGUGCAAGCCGACAUCCUCUACGACAAGCCCUCGUCGGCAUUCCAGCCAACCGGAGCGGAUGAGCGUCACACCCUCUUUGAGCGUCUAGCCGUGGAGUAUCCAGAGUUGGCCCGCACGGUCAAUGCACCUGAUGAAGCUGGUGGAGGAAACAUAUUCACCGAAGCUGCACCAGACUCCGGUGCUGCGACUCUGAGGGCCGAUCGACCGGCUCUCAUCGUCAGUAGCACCAGUUGGACAGAGGAUGAAGAUUUCUCAGUGCUUCUGGAUGCCUUGAUGAAGUAUGACAUUCGCAAAGGGGCCGGUGACAGUGGCCUCCCCGACUUGUUCUGCGCCAUCACUGAGGUGUUUGCCAAUGGCGAUGCAUGCUUGCAUGCAGGCAAGGGACUGCUAAAGGAGUACUACCGGGCACUGAUUCACAAUCACCCGCUGACUCAUGUCAAGUUUCUGAUGCCCUGGCUGUCAGCGCAGGACUACGCCAAGAUGCUAGGCUCCGCAGACCUUGGCGUGUGUCUUCACACCUCGUCGAGCAAGCUGGACCUGCCGAUGAAGGUUGUCGACAUGUUCGGUUGCGGCCUGCCUGUCUGCGCCGUCGACUACCCGUGCUUGAGGGAGCUAGUCAAGCCAGGAGAAACCGGCCUUGUGUUUGAAACCAGCGACCAGCUGUGUCAGCACAUAUGUGACCUGCUUCAAGGAUUUCCAGAGCCUACAAAACUUCUGGACUCCCUCAGGGCUAACGUCCACAAGUGGCAGGCUGUUCGUUGGGAUGACAACUGGAGGACAGUAGCGCUACCGAAGUUUCGUGGGGAUCCAUAGUUUGUGCUGGCAGAUCUGCACAAUUUGCGUAUUAAGAGAGGUCUUGUGACAGAUUUACACCAAUCGGCACUGCUUCCUUAAAGCAGUAUUGCACUACGUGUGCUUUAAUUUGUUCCUUUCGCUUGUUGCGGCUGCUCAUCAGUUAUGUUAGUGUUCGAGAAGUAGCGAGCCUGCAUUGAGCGCAUUGGAUCUUUCCGGAGUCCUACAUCUUGGAACAUGGGCAUUUAAGUUAUGGUAUUUGAACACACAUUCUUUGUCAUGUUAUAUUUAACCUUUUUUUUUUAAACAUAUUUUUGGAACAACAUAUUGGGACCAACUGUGCCUUUCACUGUUUUCCACAAAUAAUUGUGAUUAAAAUGACAAACUUCUUCACCGUUA